CAACCGCUCUAUUUGUCUUUCUUCUUCUUCUUCAGCCAAACCAAACAAUACAGACAAACAAUGGCGAUUUCUACUACCAAUCUUCUUCUUCUGGUGAUCUCCGCCUUGAUGUUAUCUAGUUUCAUCAUGCCACCGGCGGCUGCCGCUAGUGGUGGAGAUGAAUUGAUGUGGAUGUCGUCAAAGCAAGGAGGAGGAUGUAGAGGAUCUGUAGGCGAAUGUAUGGAAGAGAUGGAAUCGGAAAGCACGAGGCGUAUAUUAGCGACGAGUAACUACAUAAGCUACGGAGCGCUGCAGGGGAACAAUGUGCCCUGCUCUCAGAGGGGUGCCUCCUACUACAACUGUCAAUCAGGUGGUCAAGCUAACCCUUACCAGCGUGGUUGCAGUACUAUUACUCGUUGCCAACGUUGAUUUCAUUUCUUCCUCCCUCUGUUUUCAUUUCAUUCCAUUUCAUCAUCAUAUGAAUGAAUAUGAUUGAUUGAUUGUUGUAUCAAAUAAUUCAUAGGAAUUCUGUUAUCCUUCUUUCUAAUCUUGAGAUUACCGAAUAUAUAUAUAUAAAAUAUUUAUUUUGAAUUUGAA